AAACAUGUCCUUUGCUUGCGAUGCUCUGUUUGAUCCAUAAACAUUACAAAUGAUAGACAUUAAAUCAUCCACCUUAAAAACUAAAAUGAUCCAGCGGCCUUCGUUUGAAGCUUUGGUUUCCAGAAUAUCACCAUUAAAUCUGUUUAAAAGUACUGCCACUCCAGCUGAAUAAUUGUAUACAGGCAGUUAUAGUAGCAGCAGUACAUGCAUCUGCUGAUGUGGGAUUAUUUCUGCCUUUUCAGCUUUUUUAAACACAGAAAAUGUCAGUGCUUUGUUCCAUUAUGUUACAAUCAGUUCUAUCAGUCAAUUAGGACAUCAUGAUGAGUAUAAUAUUGUUUAUUUAAGACAUGUUGCAUGAAGAAAUGUUAACAUACCAUUAAUUACACUGUCAUAUUAAUUCUCUGUGCUGUGUUAAAGACCAGUUCAGCUACUUUUGUUGCAGACAUGUUGAGAUUCUUCUUCUUUCUGAGAAAACAUGCAGUAGUGCUUCAGUAUUUAGUAGCCAUUGUCUGGUCUUUAGCCCUUUUGUGUUUUGAAUUAGUUGUUUCAGUUUGAGUCAGCAGUGUAAGUAGAUUUUUUUCCUCUGAUGAAAAAAUACAUAGUGAGGACAUUAGAUGUGUCUUGUACAUGCAUGUUUUGCUGCUGAUAUUGGUGCUUACUGUUUCAUAGCAGUGCUUUUAGAUAACUGGGUGUUUUUUUUUUUUGUUUCAGCAGCCUUUGGACGCCUUUUUGGAAAGCCUCUGGAUUGCCCUUUGAUAUCCUUUGGUCGACCACCUUUGCAGCAUCACCUCAUAUUACGAUCCAUUUAUCCAUACAUACAUUCCAUCCAUCCAUCCAUCCAUCCAUACAUACAUACAAACAUACAUACAUCUGUUUUGUGUGCCUUGUUCUCUCUCUCUCGCUCUCUCUUUGUCUCUCUCUCUCCCUGUGUUUGUGUGUCUCUCUUGUGCUCUUGUGCUGUCUUCCAGGAUGCCUCGGAAGGGGAGACGCUCCCAGGCCCAGAAGCAGCGCUGGAGGAAGCUGGACGCGUCUGAGAUGCCCACCCCUCCUGUCGACGCACCCCACUGCUCCCGCUCUCCCCAGUACAAGAAGGUUGGUUCCACCCUGCCAGCCGGACGGUUCUGGGAAGAGCGACAGGCGCGUGCAAACCUUAUUGCACGCCGUGGCACCGGUUACCGCCACAAGGUUAAAAAAUGGCCAACUUCACCCUUUACUGGGCGCGACCACAAGUUGGUCAUUCCUCCUGAGCUCCCUGGAAAGAAGUUCAUUCUUCUUGUCGGGGACUCCCAUCUACGUGCUCUUGUAGAUGGCUUUAUUCGGAUGCCAGAGUCUCGGCUGAGCUUUGGCUUCCUGUCGACUCCGGGGGCCUCUGCUGCGGAAAUUCGCACUGAGGUUCUGCACGCUGCAGUUCCUCGUGCACCUGAUGCCGUCUGCGUCAUUGCCCCUGGCAACAACCUGACCAGCACCACUGUGGAGAGGGCAGGGGUGGAUUUUGCCAAUCUCCUCACCACUUGUGGCAACCGCUGGUCCAAGGUUUUUGUGGUCGACUUUCCUCCCCGCCUGGUCGUUGACGUCCAACACCAGGACCUGCUUCGGCAGGAAUACAGACGUGUGGCUGCUCGUAUGGGUGUGAAGUUCUUCAACACUGCAGAGCACUUCCCCCUGAGUGAUUUGGUGCUGUGGAGCAAGGAUGGUGUCCAUCUGAGUGAUCGUGAGGGGAUGGGGAUCCUCGUCCAGUUGUUCUGGUCCGCUGCCAACGAGCAACUGGGGACACCACUUCCUUCGCCCCGGAUCUCUCCUCAGCCUCCAAUUCGGAAAGCUACACCCGAAUUGGUUGUGAGAGAGGGAUCCCCUGCUCCACCCAGCCCGAAACCCCGUGAGCGGAGGAAAAUUGGUCAGGGCGGCAAGGCGAGCCAUCCUCGGGAACCUCCCCAGUCCAGAGGUUCACCAAAGCCCAGGAUGGCUCAACAGCAGGUGGAGGAGAGCUUUCUUCCGCUGAACCCCGUCUGGUUCAGCAGCACAGCCCUAAGUGCCAUGGAGAAAGUGUCUCCCUCCAAUAUGUCUUGCCUGGCGGACUUCAAGGCUUCUCCUAAGCCAAUGAAGGUGGCGUCCCCUGCAGUUCUGCGCGGCUGCCCGCGGAACACUACUCCUCCUUCUGCUUCUUCUCCAGUGAACAAGGAGCCUGGAACGCCUCCAGCUCUGCGUUCCUGGAGAUCAGAGGAGGACGCCCCUUCAGGCUUGACCACCGCAACUCAGGCGGUAAGUUGUCUUUCCUUUGGGUGGCUGCUCAGGCAACAGUGA